AUGGUGGUGCUUAGAGAAUUUGGAGGUUGUCAACCCAUAUUGAAUCUUCCUCAUACCUCUUACACAGAUAAAGAUGCUAACAAGGUUGUUACAUUUAAGUUUUUCCAUGGAGAGCUAUUUGGAAUUGCUAAAGAUUUGGGAUAUGACGAUGGGUAUAAUGUGAGUUUUUAUGGUGAAGAUUAUGGAACUAGUAGACUCAUUGAAAUAGUAUCAGAUAUGAGUCAGACUUCAAGCCAAGUGGGGAAUGAUAGUAGUGAUAUAGAAUAUUCUUGUUCUAAGGAUGAAGAUAGCAGUGAUUCAGAUUUUGAAGACAGUGACUAUGCACAGAGUGAUGAAGAGAUUGACUUAUUGAAGAAGAAUGAUAAGCGGUUUGAAGGUUAUGUGGAUUAUACUUGUACUGAUAAUGAUCCUAAUGCAAAGGAAAAAGAUGAGUCAGACAAUGGAGAAGAGUCACCUACAUUUACCUGCCCAAGUAGCUCUUCAAGUGAAGAUGAAGGACUAGGUGAACUAAGAAGGAAGAGGAAUAGAAUGCCAAAAGGUGAAGAUUUCAUACUUGAAAUUGAUAUGGCAAACCCAAGAUUCAACGUGGGUUUAAAGUUUGCAACUGCCGAGAUGUUUAGAAAAGCUGUGAGGAGAUACUCCAUUAAUUGUGGAAGGGAGUUGAUAUUUAUGAAUAAUGACCGUAACAAAAUAAUAGUAUGUGAAGAGGGUUGUUCUUUUGUUAUCCAUGCUUCAAGUGUUAGUGGUAGCACCUACUUGCAGUUAAGCCUCAAUCAAAAUUGGACUGCUUCUUCUUUUGCAGAGCAAGUUCACCAAGACUAUGAUUACAGAACAUUUAGAGAAAUAGUGUAUAGAGCAAGAGCCAUGGAAGUUGACAUUGUAGAAAGGUCUUACACCUGCAAGAAGGGGUUUUUAGAUGGUUGUAGGCCUGUGGUUUGCUUGGAUGGGUGUCAUGUCAAAGCGCCUCACUCUGGACAAGUGCUUUCUACAAUGGGAGUUGAUGCAAACAACGGAAUGUUUCCACUUGCCUAUGCAUAUGUAAAGAUUGGGAGCAAUUCAACGUGGGUGUAG